UAGAUUUGAAAAAAAAGUAAAACUACAUUAGCCAAGAUGCAAGCUCUCUUAGUUCUUCUCUUCGCCGCGGUGACCCAGGCCAGUCUUGCUCCAUUCUACAGAGUUGAGCCCAACAUUCCCGGCCAGUACAUCGUUGUUCUCGAGGAUGGUGUCGAUGUCGGCAGAUUCGCAGCUUCUAUCAAGACAGGAACUGUUCGCAAGACUCUCACCGGUAUCCUCAACGCAGUUGUUCUCACUCUCGAUAAUAAUUUACUAGAUAUCGUGCGUGGACUGAAUGGAGUUCGCUAUAUCGAAGAGGAUGGACUAGCUACUGUACUUGGUAGCCGAAAUCCUAGUCAAUACUGGGGACUUGAUCGUAUCGGACAGAGAAACAUGCCUCUAGAUGGGUCAAUCAAUUUUUCUGGUACCGGAAGCGGUGCAAAUGUGUUCAUCAUCGAUACCGGAAUCCGACACAAUCAUGAAGACUUUGGCGCAAGGGCAGAGUUUUUCCAUGAUUACCAGGAGAAAGUUGGUGAAGAUUGUAAUGGACACGGUACUCACUGCGCAGGAACAGCAGGAGGAACCUAUAGUGGUGUCGCCGUGGGAACCAACCUGUUCAGUGUACGUGUGAUGAGUUGCUUGGGAAGCGGGAGUUAUAGCAACAUCAUUGAUGGUGUGAACGCUGUGGCAGCCUCUUCCAAGCCAAACAAGGUUGCUUCCAUGUCUAUUGGCGGAGGUGUAUCAACUGCUCUUAAUGAGGCAGUUGAAGGCGCCAUCAGUGGAGGUAAGGUUGUUGUUGUUGUAGCAGCCGGUAACGACAACGCUGAUGCCUGCAACUAUUCUCCAGCUUCUGCAGGAAAUGCUAUCACAGUUGGAGCAACCCGCGCAUCAGUUGACGGCAACAGCGAUCUCAGAUCCUCUUUCUCCAACUAUGGCACAUGUGUGGAUAUCUUUGCUCCUGGCUCCAGUAUUUCCAGUGCUAGUUAUUCAUCAGACACAUCAUACACAUCGAUGAGUGGUACCAGCAUGGCAUGUCCUCAUGUUGCAGGAGCUGCUGCCAUUAUUAGGGGGGAUGCUUCUUCCUUGACUCCAAGUUUGGUGACUGCUAGAUUGCUCAACGAUGCAAGCUCAAACAAAAUCACUAGCCCUGGAACCGGUAGCCCAAAUCUUUUGCUCUAUGUUGAAUAGAUGCUUCUCAAAAUUGCAAACCACCUUCCUUUUCAAUUAUUCGUUUCCCAAAAGCCCUAAAAUGUUGAAUAUUCAACUGAAUCUUUAGAUGAGUAAAUAAAACGGUAAUAAUGAUGUCAUAACGAUUGGUAUUAUUUGAUAAAUAACAAUGCUAUAAUAAAAAUCAAUAUUAAUAAGAAUGAUAAGGGUAAUAGAUAAGAACAUAUACAUGUAUAAAUCAUUGAUGAUUGUCUUAGAAAUAUCAAGGUUCAAGUGUGAACAAAAAUAAGGAAAUCCAUUAGGAUAAUACAAAGCAUAUCUCUCAUGGAAAGUUUUAAAAAGAUAAUUCCUGAAGAAGCUUAUAAAAGAUACAAAAGGAUUUCUCUUUAAUCACUUCAUGACAAAUGUAAAAUUAUCAACAGUUCUCUAUAAUGGUUGAUGUGGCAAUCUGUGCUUUUAUACGCAUAGGAUAUGCAUAUUAAGAAACAUGGAAAAUAUAUGUGAAUUAAAAUAUGUUGAAUCAAUAAAGGAGGGAUUAAACCUAA